AAUCCGCACUCCGAGUGAGUUCCGCAUUUUCUGGGUCGGUAACUGACUGAAGAAAUGCCUGAAACCAAAGCUCCGAAGAAAGGCGCCAAGAAAGCCGUGUCCAAGGCCAAGGGCACCAAGAGGCGCAGGAGGUCGAGGAGGGAGAGUUACUCCAUCUACGUCUACAAGGUGAUGAAGCAGGUUCACCCCGACACCGGCAUCUCCUCCAAGGCCAUGGGCGUCAUGAACUCGUUCGUGAACGAUAUUUUCGAGCGCAUCGCGCGCGAGGCUUCCCGCCUGGCCCAUUACAACAAGCGGUCGACCAUCACCUCUCGGGAGAUCCAGACCGCCGUGCGCCUGUUGCUGCCCGGGGAGCUGGCCAAGCACGCCGUGUCGGAAGGGACAAAGGCGGUCACCAAGUACACCAGCUCCAAGUGAAGCUCUAUCAACUAAACAAACCGAAAACAACGGCUCUUUUAAGAGCCACUCACACUUUCCAUGGAAGAGUUGCUCCAGUAUUUCAGCAGUGAUUAAUAACUAACCUUUCCUUACAGAUUUUCAGUCUAGGAAUAAUUAUUGUUUAUUGCGAUCCGUAUGUCCGUUUUAAUCCCGGACUCGCUCUUACUACCCUAUGUACCGUCACGGAGCAUUUUCCCCUUUUGUUAUCGGCUUGUUUCCGUCUUCAGUCAUGCACACACACAACUAUAUACAAAGUGCAUCGUUGUGAGGCAGAUACUUGCUGUUACUGAUUCACUUUAUCACCAACAGUUCCCUGUGCUGGAACUGUCCUGCGUCUUAUUUGUACUUGUGAUUUAGUAUAUGUUCACGGUUUUUUGACAUUGCAGUGUCGGCCUCGAUCGUAACUUAUGAACUGCGAACCGUCCAUAACCGGAUGCGUUUCAAAUUAAAACAAAAUCCUGUCAUGUUCUGAUUCCGUAUUUGUACCGAUCGAUGAUUAAAAUGAAAAUUUAAUUCACAGUCACUCCCAUAUCGGAAUGUAACUAGUUUAAGGUGACUUUGCGGGUUGUGAUCUAUUAAUUAUUUGCGUCAUUUGUCCUCUUGAAUCGGUCUUUGUUAAGCGUGGUUUGUCGUGGAUUCAAUUGACUGUUUUGUGGGUUUCUGCAAGAAGAAUUUCAAGGCUGUAUAUUUGUCUACAGUUUGAUAAUUUUACUUUGAACAUUAAAUUUAAUUCACGCAGUCUA